ACAUCCCUUAACUACGUAGCACCUCCAACCUUCACUCAUUCAGAUGAUGAAACACGUGAAAGGAAACCCAUGUAACGCAGAGAUUACUCGCCACCGAAUACCUUAUCUGAUCCCUUGCUCUCAGUCGACUGUGAUACUACUUACUGUCUUUGACGGGUUCCUUGCCAGUAUCACGAGUCCAAGCAAUGUCCAAGAGAUAUCGCCAACUACUCCCUGUCCCUCCCAGCGAAAACUCGCCUCCCAACUCGCAGCCAUCUGGAUCUUCCUCGACUCCACGAUCCUCCAGCGACGAACCUUUGAAGCGACAACGAAUCGGAACACAACUAGCAUGCAACUCGUGCCGUAAGAGGAAGAUUCGUUGCGAUGGAAGAAAGCCGACGUGCGAGGCUUGUCGACGACGCGGCGAAAAGAAACCAUGUACCUACGCCGAGACUCGAAGUUCAGGCCAGACGAGUAAGGAAACAGAGCAGAUUCUGGGGCUGUUUGAUAUUUUGAAGACAGCACCCGAGGCUCAGGCUAUUGAUAUUCUCCGAGUCGUACGAAGCCACACAGAUCUCGAUACAGCCGUGUCGAUAAUCCAACCGCGGAUAACAAAAAACAUCAGUGACCAUGAACGCUCCCCUGAGCACCCUCGGCACCUGGGUCUUGAAGCUGAGCUCAUGGCAAGGCAUUCUCUCGCUUUUCCAGCGCUUCAACCCCUUGAAUCUAGUAUCUUGAAGUAAGCUGGCUGGAUGGGAAAGGCCUCAUCACUCGCUAUCCGGCUACAAAGCCGUGUUAUCACCAACUUUGGCUGACAUUUAACAGGAAAUCCUUCAGCGCCAGCCGGACAUCAUCAACCACACAAAACGACGAAAACACCCCGAUGACCAAUAGUGACCCGAACCCGUUCCCAGCCCAUGAUCCUACCCAGAGCCUGGCACCCGCCCUAAGCCCAUGUGACGAACGAUUAGAAGAGCUGAAUAUUGGAUUUUGGACCUCUGUACCAAUCGCCUCCAACUUGGCUGCAAAGGUCAUAUCACUAUAUCUGGAGACUGACCACCCCUUAUUGGGCCCCUUUGAUCCUACCUUGUUUAUGGAAGAUCUGGUCCAUUGUCGAACCAACUACUGCAGUAAGCUACUGGUCAGUGCCAUUAUGUACUGGAGCUGUCAAAUGUACAGUGCGGUAGACUCUACUGUUCAGUCCUUCAUACCACAGUUUUGUGAAGAGGCCGAGAAUCGUUGGUCACUUGAAAAGGCGACAGAUUCUCUGAUGAAUCUUGCUGCAACACAACUGUUGGGCUUAGCAUAUCUGGGUAAUGGAAAAGAUCACUACGUCUUGACGUAUGUAUCUGAAGUGAACGCCAUGGGGGCUCGCAUGGGCCUUUUCGGCGUCGAGCAAAGCGUUGCGAUUUCGAAAGCAAAGCAAGUGAGCCCUGAGCUACAAAGCGCUACAUCAUAUGCUGCUUGGGGGACUUUCAACUGGAUAGUGCUUAUGGCUUUGUUUUAUCAACAACCUGGCCUCUCAUAUCCCGAGCACCCCCCUAUAGUCCCAAUACCAGGACAAGAAUGGUAUCAUUCUCCUGAGCCCAGCCCCGAGUCUCAUCAGCAGACACCUCAGCAGACGUACAUGGGCGACACGUUUCCGGUUCUAUGUCGAUUUUGGAGAAUAAUGCACGAAGUGACCUUGAAAUACUAUCGUGAUCAGCCUUUCCCGCGCGAAAGCCUCAGCAGUCACAUUACACUCGCCUUUGCGGAAUACAAAUAUCGAGAGUUAAUAGCUUGGGCAGAAACACUGCCCCCAUCUAUGGUGCGUUCAGAGCAGAGUCCGCAUCAUGUUUUGGUCUUUCAUAUCUGGCUCCAUGUCGCUAUUCUGUGUGUCCUUCGCCCAUUUACAGUUCGUGCGAGGGAUUCACCAAAACCACUGCGACUGAAAACAUUUCCCUGCAAGCGCAGCUCGCCUGACGCUGCAUACAAAGCAUCCGUGAACCAGCUCAAGCGUCUUGUGGUGGUAUACAGAGAAAAAUAUGCAUGUUCAUCUUACACGAUGUUGUGGCAUACUGCUUUGAUCCACGUCGCUAAUGCGAUUCUUGGAAACACAAAGGAUGCCGCCUGGCGCUUUUACCUGUUCUUUUGUGUCGAAAGCUACGGAGAACUACGACGCUCAUUCCGAUUUGCCGAAACCAUCGGUCGCAGCAUAUUGUCCAUGGCGCUUCAGCAAGGCGAUUUGUCCGCAGACGAAGCACGAACACUAAUGGUACAGUUUGAGGAGAAUAGGCUGACUAGUCCGUCGGAAGAUAUACGGGCGACAUUCAUGGCUGAUCUGAAUCUUGCCAUGACGGAUCCCGAAGAAGCAAGUGUGGAGAGCCUGUCUGACAGGUUUGAGGACAUUGCACUGUUUCGGGAGUUUACGAAUGCGGGUGACUCAAGCGAGGACGAACCAGUAGAGUCGGAUGAUGAUACUUGGGAUACGUCGUGAGACGGAGCAAUCACUGAGUGGAAUGGUCAGUACAGAAUGACCGGAAGAGGCUUGCUACCUUGAGCAAACUGCUGGCUCAGAAGCUUUGAAUAAGGUACCCUGAAGAAAAGACCAGCAAUGAAGUUGGGCAGAGUCAAAAUGAUUGACAGAAUAAGGCAACACAUCACAAUUGCCGUUGAGCAGGAGAAGGAGAAGGGGAAGAAGAUGUGCAACAAGCAAUACCAGUUGUGCCUUGAACAUGAGACAAUCGGUAACACUGGCGUCUAUGAAAGUUAAACAAAAAGGAGGAGUUUGCGGUUAGCGUAGCGAGGUGCAGACCGCUGGACUCAAAGAGUGUGUUUAUGAUAUGAACCUCUAUAUAGUGCUUCAGUUCGCCAUCACUGUGAACAAAGACGGAACCGUUGGUAUCUAGAUGAUUGACCAUUUCCGGGGAACAAGUGUUUUGAUGGUUGGUUCUACAAACAUCAAGAUGCCUGUUUUCGAAAGUCUGGAGCCUUGAUCACUUGGAACUAGUCAAUAUUAAUGCUCUCAUGGAUUGAUUGGCUAGCCCAUGGUUCGCCCGACUCGGCCGGUUUACGGAGAAUCGACAAACAAACCCGUAGAAACAAAAGAGAGACAGAUGAAUCGA